AUGUUUGUAAAUUUGGCAGGUGAAUGCAGUAAAUUCGCAGAGGUAAAAGUACCAGCAAUAGUGGAUCCUCGUGAAGAAAAAGUAAUACUAGAGUGUAACUACAAUCUCGGUGGCGAGCAAUUGUAUUCAGUUACUUGGUUGAAAGAUGGUAAUGAGUUUUUUAGGUAUAUGCCGAGCGCAAUGCCAGGAAAAUUACAACAGCAACACCAAAACUCAGAACAGAACCAGUACAAGCAAAAGCAGUCGUUAUCGAGCAGCAGGGUUGUGGAUUCGCCCGCCGCGGCGGCAUUUAAUGUACACGAUGGGGUGGUGCAAGUUGAGUUGAGUGAAAGCAACGACAAACGUGUUGUCAUACGACAACACUUGGGUGACAAGUGGAUAAAUGUAACCGGAUCUUAUGGUUGCCAAGUGUCCGGCGAAAGUCCCAAGUUUGAUAUUGUCUACGAUGAGGCGGUUAUUAACGUCGGUAUACUCCCACAAAGAGAUCCAGUCAUCGAAAAUCUCAGAGAACACUAUGAUAUCGGGGAAACUCUCGACGCCCAGUGUAUUUCUGCUCCCAGUUAUCCCACAGCUCAAUUGUCUUUUCUUGUCAACGGCAGAGAGCCCAGUUUUCUAAGAGAAUUAUUUAUAGAAGAUGAAUCUAGACGGUCGGAGAAAUUAGAGAUUAAAAAUAAUAAUGUUAACAAUCUAAUUCUAAAAUUCGCAACAUCAUAUCUUGAGCAUUCUUUUGUGAUAUCAGCAAUACGUCUUUGGCAGAAGCUACCAGUGGAAGUAUUAGAUGCGAGUACCCUAGAGGUGGAGAAAUCAUUGACGACAGAAUUCCCCAGUGUGGGAAGCGGCGUUGAGGGUAGCCUAGUCUCGACAACACGUCUCGGAUUGUCAAUGUCACUUAGCGAUCAGGACUUUACUGCUACGUCAGCUCGGAGUCUCCAUCUUGUCUGCCGAUCGAUUCUGCCAGGUAUACCAGGUGCCAAGGCCCGCGAGACCAAAGCUAUCAUUUACCUUUCUGCCAGCAACCAGAAACUCGCCCAAGAAGCGCCAACCCCAUUCUCCUCCCGAGCAGACACCAAUUCUCAUCAUCACUAUAAAUUAUUUUUAUCUUACACCGUCAUCCUCGCCCUCUUCAAUUUUAACAGCGUGCUCUAG